AGUCGAAGUAGGGAGAGUCCCGUGCGUAUAGCUACUUCAUUACAUCGCGAGAAGAGAGGCCACGCGUGUCCUCCACAGACAGAACGGAGUUACGACGAUUCUCUUGUUCACAAGAGAGCCGACCGACGGCGUGCACGGGCGUCCCCCUUCUUUCCCUUCGUCGUUAAAGACCAACGGAAGUCCAGUCGUUCCAGAAAGUUUGUGCUGUGUGUUGUGAUUAUCGCAGACGAAGACGCUCCGUCAUGCCGGCAAGUGAUUUUCGCGCAGGAAUAAAGAGAUGGGUGCAAGGAGAGAGCAAGGUGAAGACUACUCUCAUCGCCGGACUGGCAGAACUGAUUGGCACAGCUCUUCUAGUAUUUCUAGGAUGUAUGGGUUGUAUCGCUGGUCUCGGCGUUGUGCCUCCACAUCUACAGAUAACGUUAACCUUCGGUUUAGCGGUUAUGGUUGUGAUUCAGUGCAUCGGCCACAUCAGUCAAGCUCACAUUAAUCCAGCGAUCACCGUAGGAUCUGUCAUUCUUGGGAAAAAAACCAUUCCCGAGGCUUUAGUUUACUUUGUGUCGCAAGUAAUAGGUGGCAUUCUGGGCUAUGGUAUGCUAAAGGUGGUAACGCCGAAGGAUAAUUUGACAGCUACCACGGCCGAUCAAGCAAAUUUGUUUUGCGUGACCGAUCUGCACGCCGAUGUGUCCGCGAUUCAGGGCUUGGUUGUCGAAGGCAUCUCGACUGCCAUUUUAAUGUUGGUGGUGUGCUCAGUUUGGGACGUGAGAAACGAGAAGAAUUCGGACUCGGUGCCGAUCAAGUUCGGCCUUACGGUGGCCGUGCUGGCAACUGCGGUCGGACCCUACACCGGAUGCAGCAUGAAUCCCGCGAGAUCAUUCGCACCAGCGUUAUGGAAUAAUCAAUGGGCGCAUCAUUGGGUCUACUGGUUCGGUCCGCUCGGCGGCGCUUUGAUUUCUUCCUUCAUGUACAGAACCAUUUUCGGCGUUCCCGAAAACAAAGUUGAAGAGGAAGACUCCGCGCCCGAAGCGGUCGCGCUUAACAGCGUGGAAAUUCACAAAACGGAGCAGUCCUAAUUCGACGGUGAGACGGAGGUAACGAGCGGUCAAAAAGCUAAAAAAAAAAAAAAAAAACCUCGGUCACCUUCUCAACGGGAAGAACAGCUGAACUUUCGGAGGGAUAGGUAAGGACAGGUGCUUUAGAAUGCAUGGGCGAUUCAAUGGCAAAUCCAGAUGGCCAGGCUCGCGAGGAAGCUUCCAAAGCUCAACCAGGAUGUGCUCGCAAUCCCCGGGAUACAUGGGAUAGACAAUCGUCUCGAUUCGACCGCCGAAUGAUGCGCGUUAGCUGUCAACGUAAACUGACCCAACAGUCAUCACACAUGUCAAUGUACAAUCGCAAGUCAGUGCUGUUUCUCAAUGUGAAUUUCGGAAACGCGCAUCAACGUCAAUCGUUGCUUUUGACAAGCUGGUGUAAGCUUAAAUGGAUAAUUAAAAUUUGAACGUGGUCCAAUCAGAUUAAUACGCUUGUAAUUUCAUCGAAUCUGGGGUCUAAUUAAGUGUGAUGUCUGCCUAAUUUAAUUAGAAAUUUUGACUGUCUCAAUGAAACUCUUGCGCGAUGCGUGAAAGCAUCUUAACGGUGCUCUCGUAAUCGCGACCAAAUGUCAAUUAAUAUGAACCAUGAAAUUAAUUACGAAUAAGUCGUUAUAUUUUGUCACUUUCUCUUUGUAAUAUAGUGUACAUUUAUUUGUUAUAAAUACCUAGAUCAUUUAGGAGAGUUCACGUGUGUAUGUAUGUGUGUGUGUAUAUAUAUAUAUAUUUACCUCUUAUUUUUAUCCACUACUGUACGAUAGAAAUAAGUUACGCAUUAAUGAUCAGGUGAGAAUGAACUUGGCAAACCAGAAAUUUAAAAAAUGUACCUAGUCAGCAUACGCACGAGCGAAUUAACACCUUGAGCAUUAACCACCCAUCUUUUAUCAUUAUUUAGUUUGACAAUUAAUAAAAUUCUCUGGUAUAAAAGCGAACCUGUGUCGUAUUUUUCGUUCUCUUUGAUUCGUACAUCUCCCAUACAUGGUUUAAUGAUAGUUAUAAGUAAACCGUUUAUACGUUACAAUACUUUUAUGCGAUAUCGUUUGACAAAGCGUUUCCACGUUAUUCGGUCAAUUAAGCAGAGCAGACUAUUUUGUACUCGCGUUUGUUAGUCGUCUGGUCCGCCGGAAGCGGAAAUGUCGAUCCCCGGGCAGCGUACAGGCCGACCGAUGACUUUUUACGAACCUAUUUUUAUUACAUAGAUACAUACACAUUCGUUAUUUCUAUAGUUACCCGUAUAUGCUCGCCCGAAGCUAUCGCUAUGGCGGGAAAAGCAUUUUGUUCGUCGGGAAAAAGAGGUCUUUUCCUGCCGAUACGGUGGCUUUCGACGGAACGAUAGUUUCCGUGCGCAAACAACUCACUAUUUACUGUAUCAAGAGUCGCACUUUGUCAAAUAUACGUGUAAGUACGAAACGA